AUGUGGUAUUUGGAAACUGAUAAACCGGAUGCACCAAGCAGUAUCGAUUUCCAGCGUAGCGAAGAGGGUGACUUGAAAGUGUUCUGGACUGGCGUGCCCACGGCAGAAACUUAUUUGUUGCAACUGCGGAAAUGUGCCGAAAAACCCGAUCGUGCAGGAAACAUACCAGGCCGACUAAUCGCAGUUCGACCGAGGUCUGCUGAUCCUUCAAGAAUUUCAAAAGUGCUUCAAGGGGCUCAGCAAGGUUGCACUGUUGUGGCGCAAGGUCCGGAUGGGCAGAAGUAUCGUGUUGUACCUGCAGCGGAGUUUUUUAGCAUGUCAGCAGCUUCGAGGAAGGUCGCUGUGACCAGUGCGCCUAAAUCCGAACGUGAACAAACAUGCAGAAAAAUCGUCACGGAGUUGCCGGAUGCAAAUGUAGUUAUGAAAAGCGGCUCACAAAUGGCCUCGUUGGCUUCACCAGUAAUUACACGGCUCAUCGGAUUGCCAGCUACUACUUCCAGGGAUCAAACGCAAGCAGUUUCAACUCGAGGAACAACUUAUACAAUGGCAGCUAGAACGAAGAGGACUGACGUUUGUUUUACAUGCAAUACCGUCACUCAUUUUGGGCUUUUAUGCUCACAAGAUAAAUUGCCGAUACGACUGGAAACGUUGUCGUUAUGA